AAACUAUAAAUUCCCUUCCCCCUUCCAUAACUCCUCCUAAAAAGCAUUGCGAUACGAGAGAAUCAAACAGCUUCCCUCCUCCUCUAACUACUUAGACUACAUCUCCCUCUCUCUCCAAAACUCUCAGCAUCUACUCUCUCUCUCUCUCUGGCUUUCGAGCUUGAAGGACUGAGACAUUUUCAGUAAUUUUUGCAGCAUCUUCUACCUAAAACCAUGGUGGUUCUCUCGAUACCGGUUUUAGACCCUCUUCCCAUCAUAAAAACCCACAAAGCCAUUUCGAAAACCAGCUCUUAUACCGAUAUAAUCCCUGUAAUUGAUCUUUUGGACCCUCGCUGUGGAAACCACUUGGUGAGAGCCUGUGAAGAGUUUGGGUUCUUCAAGGUGGUAAACCAUGGUGUUUCUUUUGACAUAAUCAGUAGAAUUGAAGGUGUAGCAGCCAAGUUCUUCUCUCUUCCAUUGUCAGAUAAAGAGAGGGCAGGGCCUGCAAAUCCUUAUGGCUAUGGAAACAGGAGAAUUGGGCCUAAUGGAGAUGUUGGGUGGCUUGAAUAUCUCCUCUCCCAAACUGAUCCUGGCUCAAUUUCUCAGAUAUCAAAAUCCAUUUCCAGAGACAACCCCAACUUCUUCUGUGUGGCGGUUAACGAUUAUGUAUCAGCAGUGAGGAAAUUGGCUUGUGAGCUUCUGGAUUUAUUGGCGAAAGAGAUGGGAAUCGAGCCGAGGAAUGCAUUUAGUGGGUUCUUAAGAGACGAGAAGAGCGAAAAAGAAUCAGUGUUCAGGAUGAAUCACUAUCCUCCAUGCCCUGAGCUUCAGUCCUCUUCUUACAACCUGAUUGGCUUUGGAGAGCAUUCAGACCCACAGAUAUUCUCAGUCCUCAGAUCAAACAGCACAUCGGGCCUCCAAAUUUGCCUCAAAGAUGGAAUUUGGGUCGCAGUCCCUUCGGACCCUCACUCUUUCUACAUCAAUGUGGGCGAUUCCCUUGAGGUUCUGACGAAUGGGAAGUUUAGGAGUGUUCGGCACAGGGUUGUGGCGAACAGUCAAAAAUCAAGGGUUUCAAUGGUUUAUUUUGGAUCUCCAUCAUUAAGUGCAAGGGUGGCUCCAUUGGCAUGUCUCCUCAAGGAAGGAGAGAAAAGGAAGUACAAGGGAUUCACUUGGAGUGAAUACAAGAAGGCCGCGUAUGCAUCCAGAUUGGCAGAUAACAGGCUUGACCUUUUCAAGGCAGAUAAUAAUGAAGAGAGAGAAUGAGAUCCUUAAAAACUUUCCCGUCCCCUUUAUAGCAACCAAACGAGCAAAGAGAAUGCAAAUCAAGUUUCCCCAAAUAGAAAAAAAAAGGUUUACAGAUUUUACAGAAUAUUCAUCUCCUUUGCAAGGAGAUGAAUUGAUUGUGUUACCCUCUCCCCCCCCCCCUCCCCUUUCCUCAUGCUAAUAAUGUUCUCUUCCAUCCAAAAGCAAAAUAUUUUAAAUUAUAAUGAUUUCUUGUAAGUUGCUCGUAAAUGUUCUUCAAAUUUGGAUUUGUGACGUGAGAUCUCAUUGGGACGUGUAAUAAUCUCAUCUCGCUUUUUAUUGGCAUAGAGGAAAGGGAUUGAGGUCACGGUGGUAACACAUCUUAUACCUCAAUUGUACGUCGUAGCUUCCAUUCUUACUCACCUUUUUAAAAACCACUACAAAAUUAAAAAACGGGUAAAGGCUUAUCAUUUGUAUUGAAUUAUUCAAAAAAACAACUAAUUAAAUAAAAAAUUAGUAUAGGCCUAUCAUCCCCACUGAAUUACCUAUAAGAAAUAAAAUCCGUAAUCAUUAUAAGGUUUCUUAGGAUGUAUUGUUAAGGUACAUAAUGUUUUGUUUUAAACUUUUGAGAGAUCUUAAAUU